CAACCUAUCCGGGAACCGAUCACAUGACUGACUGCAAUUCCCAUCAGUCCUCUUGACGCAUGCGCACGCCGCGUUGUCUGGCAGUGGUAAACAGACGUCAGAAGGGAGUCUUCACCUCGAGUCAAAACAAAACAAAACAAGAAAGAUCUACGAGGAAUAGCUGUUUGUCUAUCUCCAUUAACAGCAGAAGAGAAGCGAUUUCGCGGUAAUUUCAACAGACCACCAAGUUAUUGAAGAGAAGCGGGUUUCUUCGACUUUUACCGGAGGGAUAUUAACUCGUAAAAACUGGAGUUGGCUAACUAGGUGGCCAUCUAGUUACGCUCUCCGUAGUAAGACUACGCUUUCGAGUUUUGUCCCAGAGGCCGGCGAUCGAGUUCAAGAAGCGGACAGGCGGCGGCUUUUUGUCUUUUCGGAGAAUACAUCGACCGUAGUGGGAUACGGUAAGCCUUCUACGGAACGGAUUAGUUCGGCGCGAGCAUCGUGUGUAGCUGCGUCUCGAGGAACAUGGCAGAUGGUGACACGCGCCAGCACACAGCGUGGAGGACCGUGCAAACUUGAACGACAAUAACACAGAUUUUUAUUGUAUGGUGAACCCCGUAAAACUACCCGUUAUGAUCGAGCACUCCUGUAAGAUAUUGUCUUGGUCUUUUUUUAAAAUGUAAAAUUUUGAUCGUUAUGAAUUAAGUUUUACGUACGGCUUCUUUUGGCGAUUUAACAAUCUUGCUUAACGCAUUUGAGUUGGGAUGCACUUAAUUCGUUUUAAACCUAUGUUUUUUUCUUUGUUUUUAACUUCGUAAUGGAUCCCGAUUAAUGAAAUUACGUGGCUUUGUUGACUUCGACAGGCAGCUGUAACAAAUCAUUCCCAUUCACUUGAAUUAGUUUAUAAGGACAAUAUUCUUACAUGAUAUAGAAAUACACUCAGUUUACAAGAAAGAGUAGUGUACGACUUGAUGCGCUCAUAUUAAGGUGGUUUAUCGCUCUUUUUGUAGAGUUUGUAAGCUGGUCUACUCCGGUUUUUUUUUCUUGGUCUAAACUAAAGUCUAAUUGCGAAAGCCAAUCAACCAUUCGCUGCUAUAAUAGGAGCCGGUGGGAGGUGGUUAUUUUAGCAAUUACAGCGCAUGUUAUGAUUGGUUUUGCGAUGUCACCUACUUAACUGUCUCAAAUUAGAUUUUUUUCUGUAAAAGAGUGUUUAAUUAUCUACAAAAGUUCAUAGAUCAUCCCUUGUCACUCCAGCGUGUCCUCUUUUCCUGUGGUUUAUCUCAGUAGCUGCUCUUGACAAUCCAGCUGUUUUGAUGUGUAGUGAAUUUCCUUUGUUCUUUCUCCAUUAAACAAAGAGACCCCCUUCUAUCCUCGUUUGCUCUAUGUAAAUCAGAAGGUUUAUGUUAGUUACUAUUAAGGAGAUUAUUUGGCCCCUUUAAUCUCCAAUCUGAGGAUUAACUGACACUAUAUUGGUGUGUUCAGAUUAUUACGAAUGUGCUCCGUUACACUCCAGACAGUCACGGUUAAAUUUAGUCCGGAUAAUUUAUACUGUAGUGUAAUAUAUUAAAGAAGAAAAAAUCGUUUCUAAACAAGAUUAUUUUACUUUUGGUAUAAAUAGUCGUACUCUUACUUUUCAUCGCCCAUUUAAUCGUGUUUAAAAAAAAAAAAACUUCGCAUCAAAACUAGUUCAUUGAAAUCCAGCCUUCCUCUGAAAUUAUCUGGAUUGCAUCGCACAAUGGAGGAAGAAAAUGUACCCCCGAUUGACCCAGAUUUUGAGCCGCAGAGCAGACCGAGGUCAUGUACAUGGCCGCUGCCUAGACCCGACAUCUCAGUUGUCAAAGCUGGGGGGGGCGACGGCUCAGAGUCUGCUGCUGGAACUCCGCCCACCGAGGAAGAUAAACACGAGCCUCAGCCAAUCAUAUCCGAGCCUGAGAAAGUCGCGGUCUUGGAGGGCGGGGUUAUCGCUGGAGUGGGCGGAGCCACGCCUCGAAAAGGCUCUUCCAGGCGUAAUGCCUGGGGUAAUCAGUCCUACGCAGAUCUGAUCAGCCAGGCGAUUGAAAACUCGCCAGAAAAACGACUUACUCUGGCGCAGAUCUACGAUUGGAUGGUAAAAACGGUGCCGUAUUUUAAGGACAAAGGAGACAGUAACAGUUCUGCUGGGUGGAAGAACUCCAUUCGCCACAAUUUAUCGCUCCACAACAAGUUCCUGCGAGUGCACAAUGAGUCGACUGGAAAGAGCUCUUGGUGGAUACUCAACCCUGAGGGGGGCAAAACCGGCAAAGCCCCUCGCCGCCGUGCCGCCUCGAUGGACAACAGCAGCAAAUUGCUUAAAAGCCAUAUACGAGCAAAGCAGACUAAAAAGCAGGCCGGAGCAGCUGGGAUCGGAGGCUCUGGAGGUGCCCUGCAGGGUGAGGGUGCCUCCGGCACUGGCGGUGCGGACAGUCCCGGGCCUCCAGGUCAGUUCGGAAAGUGGGGAGUGAACAGCAGCAGCCCUUCCUCUCGCGGCAGCCUGGACGACCCGGACAUGUGGACGAGUUUCAGGCCACGUACAAGCUCCAAUGCCAGCACGCUGAGUGGGAGGCUUUCUCCCAUUGCCACGGGGCAGGAGGACGAGGAUGACCUACCUGAGGACGGCCUUCUUGGUGGCUAUUCUGCAGGGAAUCUUCCCCCAACACUAACUGAGACGCUAAUGGAAGAGUUGGAUUUGAUUGAUGGGCUAACUUUAAUGACAGGUCUGCAAGGUGGUGCGAGCCCAAGCACAGCUCCUCCUGCCCCACCUCAGCCUUUGCCCUCGGCAUCCACCCUGCUGCCUCGAGGGUCCAGCUUUCCUUCAUUUCAGCAGCUGCAGCCAUCAAAGGUUACACAGGGAUCCACUCCGCCAGGGUCGCAGAGCUCUGUUCAACGCAGCGCCGGAUCCAGUACAAGCCAAUCAAGCUUCGGAAACUCGCUCUUCAGUCCUCUGCCCGGUCCAGGUCACAGUGGUUUUAGCACUCACGUGCCCUCCAGCCUCGAAGUGCUCCUGACCUCUGAUUCGCCUCCUCCCAGCGAUGUUAUGAUGACCCAGAUGGAUCCUCUCAUGCCGAGCCAAGGAGGUGGCGGGCUUUUGGGGCUCGGGGGAUCUAUGUCCAGCAGCCAAGCUAAGGCAGGUCAGAUGUUGCUGAGCAAAGGCAUUGACACAAGCGCAGUGGGGCAGAUGAGCCUCCAGCCUCAACCCCAACUUCAGCACUCACAGAUGGGCUUUGGAAUGAUGCACUCGGCCAUGAGCCAGGAACCGCCUCAGCUUGCAGCUAUAAAGACCCAGCAUCAGGUGCCAGGCGCUGGGCUUCUGCAGCACGGAGCUGUCCCAUCACCUGGUGGGAACGGAGGCCUGCAAGGUCUAGGCCAGUUUGCAACACCGCCCUGCUUCAUGCCCUCUCAGGACCGUCUGCCUACAGACUUGGAUAUCGACAUGUUCACUGAAAACCUGGACUGUGAUGUGGAAUAUAUUAUCAACAGUGAUCUUAUGGAUGGAGACCUGGUUGACUUCAACUUUGACCCCAUUAUACAGGGUGGACAGGGCUAUACUGGGCCAGCAACCACACAGAGCGCCUCCCAGAACUGGGUGCCCAGCUAACUCCAUUAUUAAAGAUGAUAACAGGAUUGUCCCCAUCCAUAAGACAACUUUUAAAAACAGAUGUGGCACAUUGCCUGAACAUAUUCUCAAAUUUUUGCCUCUACAUUUGCCAUUGUACCUCAAAUACACAAACUGCUUUGGCUAAGGACAACACACACUUGACCAAGAAGUCUCGUGUCAGAAUUCUCAAUUAGACGACUAAAUCAAACCUCAUACAUGUCAAGUGCCAAUGUCAACUGAAGAGUGUGCUGUUGGACACAGAGAUCAUGGUCUUGAAACAUAUAUUUUCUCUUUUCUUUUGUCUUAUAUGUGCAACAUUAUUAUUAUAAUUUUUUUUUUAAGUUGCAGUUUUUGGUCAAUCUUGGACUAAAGAAGCACACCUAAUAAACAGCUAAUCAUGUUUAUUACAUUUAUGCCUAUGAUGUGUAAGAUGGAGAUGGUACUCCUCCUUGAUCUUCUUCAACCUGAUAAUGGAACUCAUUCGGGCCAGGAAGAUCAAACUGCAGCUUUUCUUGAUGUGAACUUUUGUUUGUUGAACAGCAAUGGAGAAAGUCCGAGCAGCCGAGAUCGAUGGAGUGGCUUUCACAGCUGACCUGACCCCCUCUGAGCAUGAAAACAACAUGGCACCACAAGAAUGUUAAGUUGAGAACAAUGUUGAGUGGCGACGGUUUCACUGACCACAGAGCACGGCUGAACUGUUAAGGUGUGCUCGCUCUCUCAGUGGUAUGAAGCCUCAAAGUUUCAAGGUGGUUUGGUGACGCUGUGGUGUUCAGUGUGCAGUUAGUUUGGCUUUUAUGACCUCUGCUCUCACAAAGGUGUUUUCUUGUGAUGUGCUGAAGAGGCUGAUAACUGAAUGAUGAUUUAACUGUCUGCUCCUUAAGUGUUUGUUAGUGAUAACAACAGUAUGAAGAAAUGUGAUUUUCCACAGGGCAUUUUUAAUCCUGCCAACAGGUUAAAUGGUAUAGUGUUAUUGUUGGAAACUCGGAACCCUUUUGCAGAAUGCAAUAUCUGAAGAUUUCUUUUGUGUGUGUGGUGUGUGUGUGUGUGCAGGAGGGUAUGUGUGUACAUUUGUGUGCCUGCAAAUAUGUUUAAUGCUCCCGAAACUUGAUUCCAACACACUGACAACAGAAUUCAAGGUUACGCUGAAUCAUUUCAAUUAAGCGCAGAAGAAAGUUGGUUUUAGGAGUUGUAUGAGAGUUUGAAGCGAAUCUUGAAGAAACAUGGCUACAAUAAUGAGAUGUUAUGGUUCCUCUGGCAUGUUUGACUGUGUCCACAGACGCACAGAAGAAAAACAAUUUUCUCAUUGUUCUGUUUUUCAUAAACAGCACUACUCCUAUUUUAUAAAAAAAAAUGUUAUUAAAGAACAAAAACAGUUGGGUAUAUCAACUAUAAUUCUAAUUUAGAUUGGGGCGUUAUCAUUAACAGACUAUUAAGAAAACUUGCUGUUGAGCUUUUUUAAAUCUGAGCAGAAGCUAUUUCAGAUCAUUUUUAACGGUCAUUUUCUAUGUAAUCUUUUAUUUUUGUAAAAGAUGAAAUGCAUAUAGAUUUUAUACAAUAACCAAAGGAACACUAAGAACUGCAUGUUGGAUGGACGGAUGCAUUGCAGUGCGGAUAAGCUUUACGAAACCUUUCUGAAAAAUCUGUGUAAACUAAAUCCUAAUUUGAUUGAUUGAAUGAGUACAUUCAAGAGAAUACGGUUCAUUAAGAGUUUAAAUUUGCUAUAAUUGUUUGUGCUAAACAGGAAAAAAAAAAAUAAAUAAUAAUUAUAUAUAUAUAUAUAAAUCUUGAUUUGCUAGGUUGCUUUUUAAUUGUCUAGGCAAUGAUUUCAUCUCAAAACGCAAGACUGGUCCAACCCAAAAUGAUUAAUGCAAUGUUUCACUCUCAGGGUUAUGAAAAAUAAUAAUUAAAACAACUUCUGGAAGGAAGUAAUAAGAUAAUCAUGUUAUGACUUCAAUGCUCAUAGCCUUUUCUAAAUUAUGAAUGUCAUUUAUGCAAGCCAAUGUCACGUAGAUAUUUUAACACUGCAGAAAUAUAUCUAAUGUUGCAGUUUAUUAUGAGAGAUUUAUCUAAUGUAUGCAUUUGCAGAGUUCCUACAAAACUUUGUAAACUGCCAAUGAACACUAGCAUGUCGCUCCAGAGAAAACCAGACAGUUUUAAAGCCCUUUUCUUUUCAACUUGUACCUUUUCUGUAAUAGAAGGGUUGACUUUUAUUUAAUUAUUUGUUCAGAUGGUUUUUGCGCAGUUUAAAACCAGCAUUCUUUUGGUGUAUAAAUUGGCUUUAAUUUGAAAGCUUGAUAUUAGUAACUCUUAAUCACAUCAAUGUAGUGGUCUGAGCACAUUAGAUUACUUGAUAAAGUGCUCUCUCCUUACAGAGAAAUAAUUUUAAUCCUAUUCACCGGUGCUAGAUAUUAAAUAUGACAAUUAAAGAGGGCCAUAUUUGAUUGGUGCAUAUGUAGAUAUCAGGGCCUUUAAUAAUUUUAUGCAAUGCAUAUGGAGUACAAUUUCUUAAUGUAGAACAUAGUAUGAGAAAUUUACUUAAUUCCCAAACUCUCAGUUUUUGUGUAUUAUAAAAGAAGCUGUGAAUGGGGAGGGAGGGGCUUGUCCAUCUCACCACAUAUUGUGCACCUCACAAAUGGUGUAAUGUUUAAUACAGCGAUUGAUGAUUUUCAAUCAACCGUUUACAUCGAUGUGCUUGUCUUUUGGGGCAUCUUUUCUCAUGUUUUUUAUGUUUGUACAUGUAAAUCAGCUCCUUGAUGUCUAAGAGUGAUUGUUAUACCUGCAUGGUACAUCUUUCAGAAAGCUUCGGGGCUGACAGUCACCUUUGACGUUUUCCUGUGUCAUUUGAGUGUUGAUUUGAAAGUGAAUUUUCAUGGUUAAGACCCUGGCUUUGUUUAAUUUCUGAAAGUACAGAUAUUGAAUAUCGUUUUCGUCCCAUCAGACAGACGUCACAGGGCUUCUGCAUGAAAUGCAGCUAUUCCACACCUUCCCUCUUUCCAAAUCACUCUCACUUUUCUUGUUUGAUAUUAUUAGCCUUCUUCCUUUAGUAGUCAUUCUUUAGUUCCUUUCAUUUUCCAGGAGAGUUUGCUAAGUAUCCCAGUUAAUAACAGAACAUUAGUUUAUGGUCUGGGUUGGGUUUUUCUCUCUUUUGUUUUUGGUUAUAUGACAGGAUGUAAAACUGACGAGUUGUGCAUAGCCAAUAUACUGUAUAUGUACUUGAUUGCUUUUUUUUUUUUUGCUCAAUUAAUUUUGUUCCCCCAUAUUAUGUUAGUCAGAGGUCAUUGAAAGCAGUUCAGCAUAAUAGAAAUAAACCUGAUCUGUUUAAUGCA